UUAAGCCAGUAACUGCGUGGUUGAGUAGUUGUAGUCGACUGGUGACUGACUAGCGAUGGAUGUUUCCGGUACCUCCACAACCCCACUCUUGACGACCUGGCCUGCUAAUAGAGCUGCCGAGUGUUACCGGUGUCAGGCGGGUCCUAGCCAGGCCCUAUACUUAUGGGACGUGGGAGAACAUAUAAUCUGUAACACUUGUCAUGAUGAUUUGCCUGGAUUCUUUAAUGGACAUGGGAUUUUUAGCAGUCAGGGCAUGCCCUCGCCAGUGUCCGUAUCCAUUAUGCUAGAUUUGUACACCAACUACCCCAUAAAUUGGCACAAUAAUGUGUGUCCCUUGGGGGAUGGGACCCCCGUGGAAACACAAAAGUAUGCGAAUGGCCAAUAUUUUCCAGUUAUCCCGCUAGUGUGGGUGAGGCCGGGUGGAGCAUGCAUGAGUACUGCCAUUCUGGGGUCUGGCCUGUGCUUUGCUGCGCGUGCUAUGCCUGCAACCGUCUUCAUGAUGCAGUUUCCAGACCGGGGCCUGCAGACGCGCAUGCCUCCAUCUCCAGCCCCCUGCUGGCUUUCUGAUACACCAUGCCCGGCUCGUCCGCGCCGCCCUGCGGCCACGGCGGGGGCCCUUCGUAAUCCUGAUGUGCCAGGCAACCACAGACCUCCGGGGCCGCCAACUCCCCUGGAUACUCUGGAUGCCGUGGGUGAUUGUCCCCAUCCCCGCCCGACUGUUCCCCGUCACUUCCCCGUCACUUCCCGCCAAUUCGUCCUGCCCCGGAUUGGCUUCGGGGACCUAUGGAUGUGUAAUGUAUGUGUUGUCUCCAAGGGACUCUACCGAAAUCAAGGAGGGGGUGUCAAGUAAGGUAGAUUUCUUGGAGUCCAGGAGACAGGGCGGAGGUGGUGAUCUCUGUGGGCGGAUAAGGGCUGGGGAGGCAUGGGUUGUUGGGAAAUUACCAAGGCCAAGGGAGAUGUGGUUUUUUUUCCAGCAGGAGCUGAAGGAUGUUAAAGAGGAAUGGAUUUACUUAUGUCAGUGUUACUUAUGUAUCAGGUUUAUUCAUGUAUCAGUUAAACAUCAUAAAAUCAUAUAUCCUGUUUUAGUAUCAUCAUAUAACAAUCAUUUUCGUUGUUUCUUUGUUUUAGUAUUAUCAUAAAUCGUAUCAUCAUAUCAUGGUUUAGUAUCAUCAUAUAACAAUCUCUUUCUUUAAUAUCUAUCAUUCAUUCUAAAGUGUUUCUUUGUUUUAGUAUCAUCAUAAAUAUAUCUCUUUCUUUAAUAUCUAUCAUUCAUUAUAAAAAUGUUUCUUUGUUUUGGUAUCAUCAUAAAUAUAUCUCUUUCUUUAAUAUCUAUCAUUCAUUAUAAAAUGUAUCCUGUUGUUUUGACAUAAUCGAGUAUGGAAGUAAGCACUUAAAAGGAUUCAAGCACUUAUUUGUAAAACUAUGUUGUCCUACACUUAUGACAGGUUGUAUUGUUGUAUUGUUAGACAUUUUAUGAUCUUACACUUAUAAGGUGUUGUAUUAUUGUAUUGUUUAUAUGGUGUAUUUUACUUAUUAGUAUAAUUUGUGGAACAAGUAAGAACAAUCUGAAGGCGUACGUGCCUGAGAGUAUCCCUUCCAUGGCGAGGGGGAAAAAUACCCAGGUCACAUUGACCUGAUGCAGGCCAGCUGCAUAAGAGAAAGGGGAGGUUACAGAGGUAAAACUUCUAGAUACUGAUACGGGUUGCUCCCGCGUCAUCAGAGGGAGAGCCGCGCUGGUAUGGGUUGCUCCGGUGUCGGGAGAGGGAGAGAGAGGGGUUCUCUAUCUCUCCUCGGGCACGGAGGGUCGGUCUCAUCAAAUGGUCCCACAGCCAGGAAGGUCUCAUCAAAUGGUCCCACAGCCAGCGGAGAAUCUCUCUCUCUCUCUCUCUCUCUCUCUCUCUCUCUCUCUCUCUCUCUCUCUCUCUCUCUCUCUCUCUCUCUCUCUCUCUCUCUCUCUCUCUCUCUCUCUCUCUCUCUCUCUCUCUCUCUCUCUCUCUCUCUCUCUCUCUCUCAUACUUUAGGGUGCCACUUUGACUUACUGUGUUAUAAUUUGUUGUGUUUUAGUUAGUGUAGGCCUUAAUAAAAUAAUACAUAUAUUUUGUAUUCUUCCUGUU